CGAGCGUUGCUGAGUAAGGGAGAGCCAAGGAAAGACGCCUGCAUGAAGACUGAGCUGUUGAAAGACAUCACCAACAACAAAGAGGAAGGGUUUAAUGCCAUGGCUGCAGAUGAAAGCGCUACAGAGAAGCAAGUGGGGGAACCAAAAAUGGCAGUGGACGGUGAAACCAACGGUUCCUGUGAGCACAGCGAGGCUGGAGGGCACCCAAACCCAGCGAAAAACACUCAGGACAACACGAAAGUGAGCCAGCAGGACUCUGGGACUAAAUUAAAUAGGAUAGCAGAGAAUGGCAUCUCGGAGCGGGACGGAGAGACCGGGAAGCAAAACCACCUGAAAGCAAAUGACUUCACACAGACUUCUGUCACGGGGAGCAAUGGGUAUAUCCUGACCAAGCAGAUGGCUCAGGAGCAGCCCCUAAGGACUACCAGCACCUUUGCUUCCCUCACCGGCCAUGCUGCAAAAACCCUGCCCGGAGGAGCAGGAAAGGGCAGGACUGUGGGCUCCUUUUCCCAGCUCCAAGCCACGAUGCCAAGCAAGCUCGGGGAGGGCAGUAAGGACAUGGAUGCUAAAAAAGCCCCUGCUGCUAAUGCUGAAGUCAAGGUCCACAGAGCACGGAAGACAAUGCCUAAACCCACCCCCAGCCUGGAGUUCCUUCCUGAAUUUGGAUCGAAGCUGAAUCUGAAACAGCACGCAAGUAAAGACCCCAAAGAUGGGAGAGACAGCAGAGAUCAAAAAGAACCCAAGGAGAAGGAGUUUGAGAACAUGCUGGACUUUGUGAAGCCGUUGUCAUUGCCCUCUCUCCCGGGCCUUCACCAGUCACUACCUCAGAACCAGAGCUAUGUGGCCACCACGAAGUCGCAGACAGCUGCUGCAGUAUCUCGGAAGAAGAAGCGGAGAAUGGGAACCUAUAGCCUGGUUCCCAAGAAAAAGACCAAAGUGUUAAAACAGAGAACAAUGAUUGAGAUGUUCAAGAGCAUAACUCAUUCCUCUGCAGGUGCCAAGAGUGACAAGGACCUGGGUGAUGCCAGCCCUCACGUGAACGGGGAAAGCAUAGAUGUGGACUCUGAAGAGGAGGACUCUGAUGAGUUGGAGGAGGAGGAUGACCAUGGAGCAGAGCAGGCAGCCGUGUUCCCCGUGGAUGAGAACAGGACCUGUAAAGACAGUGCCUCUGAUGCAGACAACGCCAGAAAGAUCGAUGAUGGCGAGUCUGAGGAGGAACAGGAGUCUGUAGAGUCUGGGGAGGAGGAGGAGGAUGGAGACGAGUCUGACUUGAGCUCGGAGUCCAGUGUCAAGAAGAAGCUGCUGAAGAGGAAAGGGAAGACGGACAGUCCGUGGCUGAAACCCACCCGCAAGAGGAGACGGAGGAAUAAAAAGAAACAAGCCAGUGUUUUAGGUGCCGAAGCCUAUAAACCAUCACUGGGCAGGGAGGGCCCGGGCCAGGAGAACAGCAUGGAGUACAUGGAGGUGUCCCUGGAUUCCCUGGACCUGCGGGUGAAGGGCAUCCUGUCCUCGCCGGCGGGGGGUCUUUCCAAUGGCCCUGAAGCAAUGGAAGUAGAUGGUCUCCAGGAAGUUCCCCUCUGUAGCUGUCGAAUGGAAACCCCCAAAAGCAGAGAGAUCACCACGUUAGCCAACAACCAGUGCAUGGCCACGGAGAGCGUGGACAACGAGCUGGGCCGAUGCACAAACAGUGUGGUUAAGUAUGAACUGAUGCGCCCGUCUAACAAAGUCCAGCUUUUGGUGCUGUGUGAGGACCAUAGAGGGAGGAUGGUGAAACACCAGUGUUGCCCUGGCUGUGGAUACUUUUGCACUGCAGGCACUUUCAUGGAGUGUCAGCCGGAGAGCAGCAUCUCCCACCGCUUCCACAAGAACUGUGCCUCCCAGGUCAACGACACGAGCUACUGCCCACACUGUGGGGAAGAGGCCUCCAAGGCCAAGGAGGUGACAAUAGCAAAGGCUGACACGACCUCCACGGUGUCCCUGACCUACGAGCAGCAGAAACCAGCGGCCGUGGAGGGAAGGGCCGACACCACGACGGGCAGUGGCACUGGGACACGGUUGUCAGAGGAAGACAAGCCAGAAAGUUCAGCUGCUGAGGGGUUUGACAUGGCUGGGUCUUCAGUUUUUCCAAAGCCUACUACAAGCCUGACCCAGGGACCAGUUAAAGAAACUCUGGAAAGUGCCCUGAUUGCCCUGGACUCCGAAAAGCCCAAGAAGUUACGGUUCCAUCCGAAGCAGUUGUACUUCUCUGCCAGGCAAGGGGAGCUGCAAAAGGUCCUGCUGAUGUUGGUGGAUGGAAUUGACCCUAAUUUUAAAAUGGAGCACCAGAGUAAGAGAACCCCUCUCCAUGCUGCUGCUGAGUCUGGCCACGUGGACAUCUGCCAUAUGCUGAUUCAGGCUGGUGCCAACAUCGACACCUGCUCCGAGGACCAGAGGACCCCGCUGAUGGAAGCAGCAGAAAACAACCACCUGGAAACUGUGAAAUACCUUAUCAAGGCUGGAGCACUAGUGGAUCCUAAGGAUGCAGAGGGCUCCACGUGUCUGCACUUGGCAGCCAAGAAGGGACACUACGACGUCGUCCAGUACCUACUCUCCAACGGGAAGAUGGAUGUCAACUGCCAGGAUGAUGGAGGCUGGACGCCCAUGAUCUGGGCCACGGAGUACAAGCACAUCGAGCUGGUGAAGCUGCUGCUGGCGAAGGGCUCGGACAUCAACAUCCGUGACAACGAGGAAAACAUUUGUUUGCAUUGGGCUGCUUUUUCUGGCUGUGUGGACAUAGCAGAGAUCCUGCUGGCAGCUAAGUGUGACUUGCACGCCGUGAACAUCCACGGGGACUCCCCCCUGCACAUUGCAGCCCGAGAGAACCGCUACGAGUGCGUGGUUCUCUUUCUUUCUCGUGGCUCGGAUGUCACUUUAAAGAACAAGGAGGGUGAGACUCCGCUCCAGUGCUCCAGCCUUAACUCUCAGGUCUGGGUGGCCCUGCAGAUGAACAAGACUCUCAAAGAAUCAUCCACUGAGAAGCCUGCCCAGAUAGAGAAGGUGGUGAGCAGGGACAUUGCCCGGGGUUACGAGCGGAUCCCCAUUCCCUGCGUCAAUUCCGUGGACAGCGAGCCCUGUCCCAGCAACUACAAAUAUGUUUCACAGAACUGUGUCACCUCCCCGAUGGACAUCGACAGGAACAUCACUCAUUUACAGUAUUGUGUCUGCAUAGACGACUGCUCCUCCAGUAACUGCAUGUGUGGCCAGCUCAGCAUGCGCUGCUGGUAUGACAAGGAUGGCCGACUCCUGCCUGAGUUCAACAUGGCUGAGCCCCCCCUGAUCUUCGAGUGUAACCACGCGUGCUCCUGCUGGAGAACCUGCAGGAACAGGGUGGUGCAGAACGGGCUCAGGACUCGAUUGCAGCUUUAUCGGACACAAAAGAUGGGCUGGGGAGUGCGAACGAUGCAGGACAUUCCACUGGGAACCUUCGUGUGCGAUGUGGAGCUUUUCCCAUGCCUCUCCAUCUGUGGGAUCUGUGCUCAGCUCUUACCCCUCAGAAACACAAGUGAUGGGGGAAAAACACACGUGGGUUGUGCUGCAAAUGUGCUUAGCUCAGGUGUCACUGUGGAUGUCCAGGGCAGUUUGGAACAACCUUUUUAUGUGGGAUCUUUCUUUGUUUCAAUCCUGCCUUCUCCAGAGGUUUUCCAGUGUCACAGCUCUGGCUUUAAUCUGAUUCAGCAAAACACUGGAGCACCUGGCAUUAAGCACAUGUUUCAACCCUGACUCAAUAAAGCACUUAAAAACAAAAAAAUAUUCAGAUUUAUGUCAAGUGAAAACCUGCCACCAGACCCUACAGUUUUAGGCUUUAGAGUGGUAUAUGUACUUUGUUAAAUAUUUUGGGAAGUAUUUUCUUCAUUGCGAUAUCACAGUGAAUUAAGACCUUCUCAGUAAGGCUGGACUUGUGCCCGUCAUGGAAGUGUUGGGAGUUUUAAAAACUAGUUAUUGAUGUUUUGUGGUGUUGGGGUGAGGGAUUGAGGAAGAUUAUUGCAGUAUUUAAAAGAAAAAAUAAAGGAAAAGAUAAAUCUGCAGUUAAUUGGCCAAGUAUUUCUCCCAUGUUCGGAGCUGCCAGAUGCUAAAAUGUUUGUUUUAGAGAUAAAGCCAAAACCUGCCGUUUGUGGGGAGUGUCUCAGGUCUGACUUCAUGCAGGGCUUUCCAUAAGCACCAAAGGUCCCAGUGCCCUCGUUGAGUGCCCAGAGACAAGCCAGAGCCUGUGAGUGAACUGCUCCCAAA